GGUGAGCGCGCGGGCAGCGCCAUGGCGGCCGUGGGCGCGGCGCUCGACGCGCUGGUGACGGACCUGUACGACGUGCAGGCCUUCAAGUUCGGGAGCUUCGUGCUGAAGAGCGGGCUGACGUCUCCGGUCUACAUAGACCUGCGCGGAAUCGUGUCUCGACCGCGUCUUCUGAGCCAGGUGGCACAGAUUUUAUUCCAAACUGCCCAGAAUGCAGGGAUCAAUUUUGACACUGUGUGCGGAGUACCUUAUACAGCUUUACCUCUGGCUACAGUCAUUUGUUCAACCAACCAAAUUCCAAUGCUUAUUAGAAGAAAAGAAACAAAGGAUUAUGGUACUAAGCGUCUUGUAGAAGGGGCUAUAAAUCCAGGAGAAACCUGCUUGGUCAUUGAAGAUGUUGUUACCAGUGGAUCUAGUGUUUUGGAAACUGUUGAGGUGCUUCAGAAGGAAGGCUUAAAGGUGACUGAUGCUAUCGUGCUCCUGGACAGGGAGCAAGGAGGCAAGGACAAGUUGGAGGCGCAGGGUAUCCAUCUCCACUCAGUGUGUACAUUGUCCAAAAUGCUGGAGAUUCUUGAGCAACAGAAAAAAAUUGAUACUGACAUGGUUGAGAGAGUGAAGAGAUUUAUUCAGGAGAAUGUUUUUGUGGCAGCUGAUCGUAAUGGUUUGCUCCCUUCGAUAAAGAAAGCCCCCAAAGAACUCAGCUUUGGAGCACGUGCAGAGCUGCCCAGCAUCCAUCCAAUGGCGUCCAAGCUGCUCAGAAUUAUGCAGAAGAAGGAGACCAAUCUGUGCCUGUCUGCUGAUAUCUCAGAGUCCAGGGAGCUGUUGCAUCUAGCACAUGCUCUGGGGCCCAGCAUCUGCAUGCUCAAGACUCACGCCGAUAUUUUGAAUGAUUUCACUCUAGAUACGAUGAAGGAGUUAACAACUCUGGCACAGCGCCAUGAAUUUUUAAUAUUUGAAGACCGAAAAUUUGCAGAUAUAGGAAACACAGUAAAAAAGCAGUAUGAAGGUGGUGUCUUUAAAAUAGCUUCCUGGGCAGAUCUCGUAAAUGCUCAUGUGGUCCCAGGCUCAGGAGUUGUGAAAGGUCUGGAAGAAGUAGGCCUGCCCUUGCACCGGGGGUGUCUGCUCAUCGCAGAAAUGAGCUCCAAAGGCUCCUUGGCCACAGGGGACUACACAAAAGCGGCGGUCAGUAUGGCUGAGGAUCACCCUGAAUUUGUGAUUGGUUUCAUUUCUGGCUCCCGAGUAAGCAUGAAACCCGAAUUUCUUCACUUGACUCCAGGAGUUCAGCUAGAUGCAGGAGGAGAUAAUCUUGGCCAACAGUACAAUAGCCCACAAGAAGUUAUUGGCAAACGGGGUUCUGAUAUCAUCAUUGUUGGCCGAGGCAUAACAACAGCUGCUAACCGUCUGGAAGCAGCAGAGAUGUACAGGAAAGCUGGUUGGAAUGCGUAUCUCAGCAGACUUGGUGAAUGAGUGUCUCAGAUAUUUUCCUGAAGGCUUGAAGAUACUUGUGCUCAUGCAAUGCACUGGUUUGAAAUAACGCAGACUUCACAAUGCUUGGAUUCUUCCUCUGGUCUUGUCUUAGAAGAUAUCUGAAGUUACUGUUAUCUUUAGGAAAUGAUGGACAAACGUAUAAAUCGCUGCCUUGUUACUUAUUCCAAGCAUUUAUUUCAUUCAGGCUGGUGUUGGUUAUCCAGUCAAGGCCUGUCUGCAUUAGGGCCUUCCACAGAGAGGCUCUCUCAGCUCCGGCUUCUAAUUACCCUGAGCCAGAUCUUAAAGCAUCAGGAGAGUAAAAACAUUUGUGUGUCCUUUACUCUGUAUUUGAUAAGCCCAAAUGACAUUUUAUAGCUGUCCCUCUCUCUUUUGAGACUUAAAUGUGAAAAGCGAAUGGUAUGACUCAACUUCCUACAGAAGAAUUUCCAGUAACAUGAUUCUCCUUAAUAACUGCCAGGAAAGGCCCCUCAGCUGAUUAUUACAAGAAGAUCCAACACUUCGGUGUUUCAUUUGAAGAUUGUCGGCCAAUCCAGAAUUUUAAGCACAUUAAACACAUACCCUAAACUUGAUUAGAUCCACCCCUGCAUAAUCCCAAAUCUCACGUGUGCUCUGACCCUGAUAGUACACAUCUUGGGACCACCUUAGUUGAAAGCUCACUCGUGAUUCCUACUUGCAAAUAAAAGCUGAAUUAC